CCUGAUGGUGACGCCUCGCUUACUUCAAAGUUCAAACUUCAAAAGCUAAAAUUUCAAAACAAUGUGUUGUGGUUUGUUUUCGUUUGUGUGAUAAGUGAUUUAUUUCAAUGAUAGCAUGAUAAAAAAUUCCGAAACAAAAUGCCUAAAGCAAUACGUAAAAUGCUUGAAAAUGGAUAUUCCUACGACGAACCCGAUCGAAUGCCGAACAAUAUAAAUAUUACAUAUCUUGAUAUCGUCAUGUAUGUUGUUGCCAUUGUGGGCCAUUUUAUAGACUUAGGAUUAGACAUAAAUGUUGCCGUACAGUAUUGCUUAUCUCGUAAGAUGAUGGAAUUCGGUUGGACCUUGGUUUUUAUACUUUUACCGGCAUUUGUGAAUACAGCUGUUUCUGUUCGCAUGUACUCCCAAGACAAGCAGCAAGAUUCAUUAAGUAAUGAGUUCACAAAAAGAAAAUGGCUUCGAAUAUUCAUACUAGUACUUCAAAUGGCACCUAUUCUACGAUUUGCUGAUGCUCUCAUCUAUGCAAUCAAAUCUCGUCGAGCUGCCCAUAAACAUGAUCAGGCAUCCCAGAGAAUGUACUAUAGUUUAAUGCUAAAAGAGGAUUCAGAUGCAGCAUUACUUCGAAUAUUUGAAUGCUUUUUAGAAGCAGCCCCACAGCAAGUUUUACAAACCAGUUUACUGAUGCGACAGUAUGAUCAGCUGGCUAUACACCAACUGCUAUCUAUCUGCUCAUCAAUUGUGGGCAUGGGAUGGUGUCUUGCAGCUUAUCAGCGAGCCGUGCGAUAUGCGCAGCAAAAUAAAAACAAUAUUACGUGGUGUGGCACUGCGUUACAAGUGGCCUGGCAUUUCUUGGUUACAUUGAGCCGAAUCACAUCAAUAUCAAUAAUAGCCUACCUAUUUCCUUACUGGACCGUUCUUGCCUGCACUGUACAUAUUCUCAUCAUGACAACUUGGUUACAAUUAGUUGACCAAUCAACAUUUUGCUCUCAAAAUAAAUUAGCUGAAUUCUUUUUCUCUCUAGCAUUAGGAGCAGUAUACUUAUUUACAUAUAUUUUACCAGUUGAAGGCCGCACAAGAUAUAGAUAUGCCUUAUACUACACUACAUGUGGAAUACAAAAUGUUAUAUGUGGUAUAUUAUGGUUUUUAUUUGUAGAUGAAGAAAUGAGAAUAUCAAUAUAUUUUUAUCCAGUUCUAGUUAUAAGCAUUAUUCCAUACAUGUUAGGUUUAGUCUUUAUGUUGAUUUACUAUGGAUGCUUCCAUCCAAAAGUUAGUGUUACUUUAUCAGUUUCUUUUAAAGGUGAUGAUGUGGAAGUUAGUUGAAAAUAUUAUUUUAUCAAUAAAAAGUACAAAUUGCAUUUCUACAAAUAAGUUAUAUUUUCACUGUUAGUAAGAUGAAAUUAGAAAAAUGAAGAGAACUUAUGCCAUUAAGAACUAGUGAUAUAUUUUUUAUAAAAAAUAUUUUUUUAGUAUUAGAACAUACUCAAUUUACUAUUGUAAUGAAUAAAAGACUUAAUAGAUUUAAGAUAUCUUUAAAAUAAAUAUUCUGAAUCUCUUUUUUGCCAACGUUAGUAACACUUUUUGAAAUAUAUUGUUUUAAGAAGUUUUGUAUUUUACUUACAGUCCCUAUAUAAUAAAGUAAACAUUUUA